AUGAAAGAAAUCAAUAAAAACCCAGAGAGACGUGACAAUCAGGUGGAGGAGGUUAAGAAGAUGAAGAUCGGUGAUCCGCUGGACCGCUCCACAGACCACGGCCCUCAGAAUCACAAAGCCCAUCUGGACAAACUGUUGGAGUACUGCCAGAUGGGUGUGAAGGAGGGGGCCACCCUCAUCUAUGGUGGCAAACAGGUGCAGCGAGCAGGGUUCUUCUUUGAGCCCACGGUGUUUACUGAUGUCCAGGACCACAUGUUCAUCGCUAAAGAAGAGUCUUUUGGUCCAGUCAUGAUCAUUUCCAAGUUCAGGAGCGGCGAGGUGGACGAUGUCCUCAGGAGGGCCAAUGCUACAGAAUACGGCCUGGCUUCAGGCGUUUUCACGCGGGACAUCAGCAAAGCUCUGUACGUUAGCGAGCGGCUCAACGCCGGCACCGUUUUCGUCAACACUUACAACAAAACGGAUGUGGCCGCACCUUUUGGAGGAUUCAAACAGUCCGGAUUUGGCAAAGACCUGGGUCAGGAGGCCCUCAACGAAUACCUGAAGACAAAAGCUGUGACCAUCGAGUAUUAAGGGAGCUCCCAGUAGGGGGCAGUAUAUGGAGCAGAUGGUGUGUUAGGAUGCAGACAUAAUGAUUGUGCCUCAACAUGCUAACGAAUCCAAGAGAAGUAAAUCCGAUCAAACUUUGGGACUGAGGCGUGUCGUAAGCUGCAGCGGGUCCGGCUCGUCCAGAACCAUGCAGAUCAAAGCUGCUCGCAUUCUUAAUUUCACUGAAGACGCCGAGGGACCAGAUCUCUGUCCGAUCGAACAAGUUUAUAUUGAUCCAUCAAACCAGAAACAUUAGAAAGCUAACAGUCCUAACAAAUCUUGAUCAUGAUUAAAACCU